CCGAGCCGCUCUCCCGCCGCCGGCCGCCGCAGGGCCUGGUGAGGGAGGCCGCGUGGCGCCGGCUGCCGGCAGCAGUGCCCAGCAUCUUGACUGAGCUUCGUGGCAAGUCACUACCCUGUUACCUCAAAGAGAAGCGUACCCAGUCACCAUGAAGCUACUGUGCCCAUCCCUCCCUAGCAUCUUCCUGCUGCUGCUACUCAACAUCUGGAGAGCUGCUUCCCAGGCACACGCCCCAGCCACAGCCUUGCCACCCCUCAGUGCCACCUCCUUCUUGGAGGAUCUCAUGCACUACUAUGGCGAGGGUGAUAGCCUCACUUUGCCACAGCUGAAGGACUUGCUCAACCACCUGGGAGUGGGUCAGGAUAAUGUCACCAGGCCUGUGCAGAGACACAGGAACCUCUCCACGUGCUUCAGCUCCGGAGAGCUCUUCGCCGCGCACAACUUCAGUGAGCAGUCCCGCAUCGGGAGGAGCGAGUUUCAGGAGUUCUGCCCCACAGUACUCCAGCAGUUGGACUCCCGAGCCUGCACCUCUGAGAAUCAGGAGAAUAAGGAAAACGAGCAGACAGAGGAGGGGAAGCCAAGCGCCCUUGAAGUGUGGGGCUUUGGUUUCCUCAGUGUCUCACUGAUUAACCUAGCCUCUCUCCUGGGAGUCCUCGUCCUGCCGUGCACGGAGAAAGCGUUUUUCAGCCGUGUGCUCACUUACUUCAUCGCCCUGUCCAUUGGAACGCUGCUCUCUAACGCGCUCUUCCAGCUCAUCCCAGAGGCUUUUGGCUUCAACCCUCUGGAAGAUUAUUAUGUCUCCAAGUCAGCAGUGGUGUUUGGGGGUUUCUACCUGUUCUUUUUUACAGAGAAGAUAUUGAAGAUGCUUCUUAAGAAAAAUGAGCACCAUCACGGACAUAACCAUUUCACUUCUGAGACGCUGCCUUCCAAGAAGGACCAGGAGGAGGGUGUGACAGAGAAGCUGCAGAAUGGAGAUCUGGAUCACAUGAUUCCUCCGCACUGCAACAGUGAGCUGGAUGGCAAAACCCCUGGCACGGAUGAGAAGGUCAUUGUAGGCUCACUGUCUGUGCAGGACUUGCAGGCAUCCCAAAGUGCCUGCUACUGGCUGAAAGGUGUCCGCUAUUCUGAUAUUGGCACCUUGGCCUGGAUGAUCACCCUGAGCGACGGCCUCCACAAUUUCAUUGAUGGCCUGGCUAUUGGCGCCUCCUUCACUGUGUCUGUUUUCCAAGGCAUCAGCACGUCGGUGGCCAUCCUGUGUGAGGAGUUCCCCCAUGAGCUAGGAGACUUUGUCAUCCUGCUCAACGCGGGGAUGAGCAUCCAGCAGGCGCUCUUCUUCAACUUCCUUUCUGCCUGCUGUUGCUAUGUGGGCCUGGCCUUUGGCAUCCUGGCUGGCAGCCACUUCUCUGCCAACUGGAUUUUUGCACUGGCCGGAGGGAUGUUCCUGUACAUUGCUCUCGCCGACAUGUUUCCUGAGAUGAACGAGGUCUCCCAGGAGGAUGAAAGGAAGGGCAGCGUCUUGGUCCCCUUUGUCAUCCAGAAUCUGGGCCUCCUAACUGGCUUCACUAUCAUGCUACUCCUCACAAUGUACUCAGGGCAGAUCCAGAUUGGAUAGGGCCCUGCCAGGAGCCAGUGGGAUUGCACAUUGGGCCCGGGGAGGCCCGAGGACUCAGCUUCCAUGAAGCACCAUGGAAGAGGCAGUUAGUUCUUUGCUACCUGGCUCGGGUUGCCUGCCUGCGUUCAGAUGUCAGCCCUGGUUGCCAUUCUUUAGAUAGUGCCUCGCACCCUCUCCCUUCCCCUUCCAUGCAGUGAUUCUGGAACCGCAAUGCCACAUGCAAGACAAGCUGUCCUUAUCCCUCUGGUUACUCUAGCCUGUCUUUCUUGGAACCAACACCAAGAGCUGCUGAACUCUUCCCCUAGGACACAGACAUGAGGCUGGUGGUCAUGGUUUAGAGAUAACAGAGCAAGUGUGGAGCCUGUGAAUGUAAAUGAACAUUCUGGACUACAAGCCAGCCGAUUCUGCCAUGAGCUCUCAUGUUCUUACAGCAAAGGGGCAGGAGACAGGAAUCCUCCAGGUGCUUGUCUGUGUCCCCUCUACCCCCCCCCCCACAGAACUGGAAGUUGGAGCAGAGCAGGGCAAGCAAAGAGGCAGGGGUCCUAAGUGAGAAGGAAGUAGAAUUCAUGAUGUGUGUACCGACUCCUUUGUUCUAACUGGGAUGCGGGGUGCUGACUGUGCAGCCCCGGCUGUCACGUGACCGGGCACGUGAACCAACAUGAAGGUUCGUUGGCCUAGGCCCCCUUUUCCUUCAGGUUGACACAAAAUGUAGGGGCAGGAAGUCUGCAGAUGAAUUGGUUUCUCUAUGGCUCCCGCUUCUACCUCUUGGCUCCCUUUUCUAGAUACUUUUAGCUGCCUCUCUAGAAGCACAUUCUGAGCACAUCUAAGAUGUGUCAGAGGGGAAACGGCACAAACUUCCCACCCCGACCAACUAGUGCUGCCAAGAGGAAGCCGACGUCCAGAAUCGGAAUGCAGUCGUUCAUGCUUACUGUGACGCGGGGAAUCAGAAAUGGAAUCAGCGCAGGCAGAACUUAGGACUUGCUAAUUGCAGAAAUAAAAGUUGAGUACAAGGGGACUCUGGACCAUGGGGUGAGUCACUUAGUUCAGGGCGCUGUAGCUGUCACUGUUAUCUUGCCCAGACCAGGAUUGAGUGUCAGUUGCUCUCAUUCUCCCCACAGACCAAUGAGCAUGCUCUUUUGACACUACAGACCAGCCUCAGGCACUGUUGGAGGCCCCUGCUUAAAACUCUGGCUUCCAGUGGAGCUAAUCUCCCGUUUCACUAGGUGAAUUAAUGUGUUAUUAUCAUAUUGAUAAUGUGGAUUCCUUAGCCACUUUGGGGAGCCAGUCUCUCCAGGAGCCUUAGUUGUGCCCGCAGUUGAAGCCCAGGGGCCGAGUUUGCGUGACUGACAGGAGUACGGGUUCAUCGCCAAUGCCUGGGUUUUUCUGUUGUUACCACAGAAAAACUGUCUCCCACUAAUAAUUAAAAGCAGCAUCUAUUUUUUUCCCCUCUAAUUCUGGGGGACACAUUCCUCAAACCAGGACUAUUUCUGUAGAACACAUGACUGGGAAAGCUACCGGUGAUCCUGUUUCUCUCCUGCUCUUGCCUGUUGACGGGUGGACUUGAGAACAAGUUGGAGGAGGGAACUUCAGCAAUCAAAGAUCUAGAGUGAGUGUCAGGACCGACUCCUGAUAGGAUAAGGGUCCAGUUUUUACCAAAGAAACAAUUCCUUGAAUGUCACAAUCUCCUUUUGUAUAUUGCCAUCAUUAUUGUUGUUUGAAAUGAUUUCUUUGUUGUUUUAUUUUUCUCUAACUGCUUUCAGGAGCUAGCAGAAAAAUAAAACUUAAGACUCGGCCACAUACCUGUAAUCCCAGCACUCGGGAAGAUCGCUGCACGUUUUAGGCUAACUUGGGCUACAUAGUGUGUCCCAGGUCAGCCUGGGUUACAUAGUGAGACCCUUGUCUCCAAACUUCCCCAAAUAGUAAAAUAAAUACGUGAAAGACUUGGAAUUGGGCUAUGGCUCCAUUGUAGUGGAGCAUUUGCCAAGUAUGUGGCUUUGAGUUUCAUUCCCAGGGCUACAGAGAGGAGAGGGAGGGAGGGAGGAGAAAGACUGGAAGAUGAUUUGCUUUAUUUAGCUCAGAUUGCUGCUUUAGAAUUUUAAUUCUAGCAUUCUUUAUAGAUCUGUUAUUCCUUCAAAACACCCUUUGUCUUGGAGAAGAACAAUGAGUUAAGAGUUUGCUUAGGAGAGGAAUGUAAAAAUGUAAUUUUAACAAAUUGAGAGACAUUUGAAACUGGUGUGUGUGCGCACCUACAUGAAUUUAACAAGUUCCCUCUGCAGACUGCUGCUUCAAAGGAAAAGUUGUUUUCCUAUGGAGGCCAGUGCCUGUCAUUCCUGGGCCUGGGACAGAGACGUCCCAGUCACUUAUUAUGCCUUGCCAUUGGUAACAGAUUUGCCUCUUGAGUUGAAAAUGUGGCCCUUAUUGAACUUGCUGUUGUAAGCUUCUGUAUUUAUUAGAUGUCUAAGAAGUGGCCCCAUAUGUUCAGAGGAAUUUCCCCCCUAGCAUUAGUACUGGCUACAGCUCUCUUUCCAAAUAGAGCCGCUCCUGUUAGCACUAGCAGGGAACGUGCAGGUCACAGGCAGAGAGAGCCCUUAGACAAGGACAGAGGUCUGCCUUUCUCACCUCACCCCGAUCUUACCUUCUUUCUGUCCUUGCCCCCGAAGUAUUUACUGUCAACUGGGGCCAUUUUUUACUCAUCUUUCAUUCUGGGUUUAAAAACGAAUUCUCUGGGUAGCCUAAAGUUCAUUUUUAGUAAGUCCAUUUUCAAAGAGAUGCUAGUAUGCUGGAAACCUGCUUUAAAGUAAAAAGUGAUUUUGGGGGGGGGGCAAGAGGUUUUUAUUGUUUAUAUUUCCCUUUACACUUAUAAAUUUCCUUCACAGUAUUGUUUUAAAUAACUCAGGUGUUGCGAGAAUUAGAAAAUGAAAUAACUUAUGUCAUGUGGACUGUAAAUGUUUUAUUUGUAAGAUUCUAUAAAUAAAGCUAUAUUCUGUAA